AAAAAAAAUGGAAAAAACCAUAAAGACAAGAAAAUAACUUCAAAACCAAAAAAAAAAAAAAAAUCCUCAAUUCUAAUCUGCCUCAAACUCCACCACUCUGUUCCUAAAGCUGUUUUUUUUUUUUUUUUUUCUUUUUCAUUACAAAACGAAAAAGGAAGCAAACGUGGCUGCUCUCUCUGGAGCUUUAGACGAAUGGAGGUUAGCUUGCAAAGAAGCAGGCUCUGGAACGACGUCGUAGAGCAGACAAAGGUGGCAAAAGAGAAGGGUGUUGAUCCCCUGCUUUGGGCUUUACAAAUGUCUUCAAGUUUGAGCUCUUCAGGAGUUGCUUUGCCUUCAACCGAGUUAGCCCACGUGUUGGUUAACUACAUUUGUUGGGAUAAUAAUAUCCCAAUCCUAUGGAAGUUUUUGGAUAAAGCUUUGAUGAUGAAGAUCGUUCCUCCCCUGCUUGUUCUUGCUCUGCUUUCACAAAGAGUAAUGCCCUGUCGACAUUCCCAUCCAGCAGUUUAUAGGCUUUACUUGGAACUUCUUAAAAGACAUGUGUUUACCCUUAAGUGUCAAAUUAAUGGGCCAGAUUAUCGAAAGGUCAUGAAAUCAAUAGAUGCUACUCUUAAUCUUUCUGAGAUUUUUGGCCUUCAAGCAAUGGAUCCUGGUAUUCUGGUGGUCGAGUUCAUCUUUUCAAUUGUGUGGCAGUUGUUAGAUGCAUCAUUGGAUGAUGAGGGAUUGCUAGAACUUACUGAGGGAAGGGUGUCCAUGUGGGCAAUCAAACCUCAAGAAAUGGAGAUAGAUGGUCAUGAUAUUUACGAUGAGAAGAAGAUUGAAUAUCAUGAGAGGUUGAGGAAUUUCAAUACUACAAUGGCUAUUGAGAUAAUUGGACAAUUUCUGCAAAAUAAAGUGACUUCCAGGAUUCUUUACCUAGCACGGCGAAACAUGUCCACUCAUUGGGUAGCUUUCAUUCAGAGUUUGCAGCUUCUUGGAGCAAAUUCAGCAGCACUCAAAAAUUCAAAAGCUUUAACUUCUGAGGCUCUUCUAGAGUUGACAUCAGAUAGUCGUAUUGUCUUGUCUAGAGAAUGCAAAACAAGUUCACUGCAAAAAUUCCAUGCUAUUAUGGCUUUUGGAUCUCUGGUUUCUUCAGCUGGUCUAUGCCAUGGAUCUAGUCAUUCAGAUCUUUGGCUCCCUCUUGAUCUGGUAUUAGAAGAUGCUAUGGAUGGUUAUCUAGUUAACACAACAAGUGCUAUUGAAAUUAUAACUGGUUUGGUUAAAACUCUUCAAGCAAUAAAUGGCACCAAUUGGCAUGACACCUUUUUAGGCCUUUGGAUCACCUCUCUUCGGCUUGUUCAAAGGGAAAGAGAUCCCAUUGAAGGUCCUGUGCCUCGGUUAGAUACUCGUUUAUGCAUGCUAUUGUCUAUUAUCAUUCUUGUGGCUGCUGAUCUUAUCGAGGAGGAGGAGGAGGAGGAGGAGGAGGGUGCAUUUGAUGAAACAGAAUAUGGCUUCACUAAUCACUGGAAAGAAAAGAAUUUUGCCAGGAAUCGUCGUGAGAAUCUGGUCUCCAGCCUACAAGUACUUGGUGAUUAUCAAGGCUUGUUAGCUCCACCUCAAUAUGUUGUUUCUGUAGCAAAUCAGGCUGCUGCCAGAGCAAUGUUGUUUGUCUCAGGCAUCAAUGUUGGGAGUACAUACUUUGAGUGCAUCAAUAUGAAAGACAUGCCUAUCAAUUGUUCUGGAAACAUGCGUCAUCUGAUUGUUGAGGCUUGUAUUGCAAGAAACCUACUAGACACAUCAGCAUAUUUCUGGCCAGGCUAUGUGAAUGGACGCAUUAACCAACUACCUUAUAGUGUGCCAGCUCAGGCACCUGGUUGGUCAUCAUUCAUGAAGGGGGCCCCACUUACUUCAGUAAUGACUAAUGCUCUUGUUUCAAAUCCUGCUUCCAGCUUAGCAGAGCUGGAGAAAAUAUUUGACAUUGCGGUCAAUGGAUCGGAUGAUGAGAAGAUAUCUGCUGCUACAAUUCUUUGUGGGGCUUCUCUAAUUCGUGGUUGGAAUAUACAGGAAUAUACGGUUCAAUUUAUAACUAGAUUGAUGUCUCCUCCGGUUCCUGCUGAUUUUGCUGGAAGUGACAGCCAUUUGAUAGAUUAUGCUCCAAUGUUGAAUGUGCUGAUUGUUGGAAUAGCAUCUGUGGAUUGUGUUCAGAUUUUCUCACUACAUGGCUUGGUCCCACAACUUGCAUGUUCAUUGAUGCCAAUAUGUGAAGUUUUUGGAACUUGCAUACCCAAUGUCUCAUGGACUCUCCCUACAGGGGAAGAAAUCUCUCCCCAUGCGGUUUUUUCUAAUGCAUUUGCUCUCCUCCUAAAGCUAUGGAGGUUUAAUCACCCUCCCAUUGAACAUGGAGUUGGUGAUGUACCCACAGUUGGAUCCCAGCUGACUCCUGAAUACCUCUUAUUAGUCAGAAACUCUCACUUAUUGUCUUCUGAAAACAUCCACAAGGACCGAAACAAAAGGAGACUCUCAGAAGUUGCAAGUUGUUCAUCUCCACAGCCUGUAUUUCUGGAUUCGUUUCCAAAGUUAAAGGUCUGGUAUCGGCAGCAUCAAAGAUGUAUAGCUGCUACACUCUCUGGUCUUGUUCAUGGAACCACUGUUCACCAGACAGUGGAUGGACUUCUUAACAUGAUUUUCAGAAAGAUUAAUAGAGGAAGCCAGUCUAUAACUUCUGUUACUUCUGGAAGUAGUAGUUCAUCUGGACUUGGAAACGAGGAUAACUCUCUAAAACCUAUGUUGCCUGCCUGGGAUAUUCUAGAAGCUGUUCCUUAUGUUGUUGAUGCUGCUUUAACAGCAUGUGCUCAUGGUAGACUUUCUCCACGUGAACUGGCUACAGGGCUAAAAGAUUUAGCUGAUUUUCUUCCUGCAUCUUUGGCAACCAUUGUGAGCUACUUCUCUGCUGAAGUAAGUCGAAGUGUCUGGAAACCUGUUGUUAUGAAUGGUAUGGACUGGCCAAGCCCUGCUGCAAAUUUGUCCAAUGUUGAGGAGCAUAUCAAGAAAAUCCUAGCAGCCACCGGCGUUGAUGUCCCUAGACUUGCUGCAGGUGGGAGCUCUCCAGCUACUCUUCCGCUACCAUUGGCUGCUUUUGUAAGUCUCACCAUUACUUAUAAAAUUGACAAAGCCUCAGAAAGGUUUCUGAAUUUGGCUGGCCCAGCUUUGGAGUACCUUGCAGCAGACUGCCCGUGGCCUUGCAUGCCAAUUGUGGCUUCCCUAUGGACCCAAAAGGCAAAGCGAUGGUUUGACUUCCUUGUCUUUUCUGCAUCUCGCACCGUUUUUCUACAUAACAGUGAUGCUGUUGUCCAGCUUCUUAAAAGCUGUUUCACUGCCACACUUGGCUUGAACAUCGCACCAAUCUCCAGCAAUGGUGGUGUUGGAGCUCUUCUAGGCCAUGGAUUUGGGUCACAUUUCUGUGGUGGGAUAUCACCUGUUGCCCCUGGGAUUCUCUAUCUACGUGUUUACCGUUCCAUGAGAGAUAUUGUGUUCAUAACAGAAGAGGUAGUAUCUCUCUUGAUGCACUCUGUGAGAGAAAUAGCAUGUGGUGGUAUGCUAAAAGAGAAAUUAGAGAAGCUGAAGACAAGCAAGAAUGGAAUGAGAUACGAGCAGAUUUCUCUUGCUGCAGCAAUGACAAGGGUGAAACUGGCGGCCUUCCUGGCUGCUUCUUUAGUAUGGUUGUCUGGCGGCCUUGGUCUGGUUCAGUCGUUGAUAAAGGAAACUUUGCCUUCUUGGUUUAUAUCCGUUCAUAGGUCUGGCCGGGAGGAAGGAUCCGGGCUGGUGGCAAUGCUUGGGGGAUAUGCACUUGCAUAUUUUACAGUGCUUUGUGGUGCUUUUGCUUGGGGAGUUGACUCUUCAUCAUCAGCAUCAAAGCGGCGUCCUAAAAUCCUAGGAACGCACAUGGAAUUUCUUGCAAGUGCACUUGAUGGAAAGAUAUCACUUGGUUGUGAUGGAGCUACAUGGCGUGCCUAUGUAUCCGGAUUUGUGAGUCUAAUGGUUGGUUGCACCCCAAACUGGGUCUUAGAGGUGGAUGUAGAUGUGCUAAGGAGGCUGAGUAAGGGACUGAGACAAUGGAAUGAGGAGGAGCUUGCUCUGGCCUUGCUAGGAAUUGGAGGGGUUGGUACAAUGGGUGCAGCUGCUGAACUGAUAAUUGAGAAGGACUGUGACAGCUAAGUAGUAAGUUCUAAUUUCGUCAAGAGAAAGAACACUUGUGUAGUGAUAGGUUCUUUUUGUAAUGAAAGCCUUAAUUUUGUUUUAAUGGUAGGAUUUUUCACCCUUUUGUAGAGUGAAAUAUUUCAGUGUUUGUAAUUUUUUUUUUUUUUUUUUUAUAUUUUCAGGCUGCGACUGCUUUUGUAUUAAAAAAAUAUUGUAAAUACAUACUUGUAUAGAAAACUAUUG